CACACAUAAAUAUGGAUCCGACCAUCGAUUCCAAGCUUGUUUCUGAGCCUGUUGAGACGAAAAAAUUGAAGAAAAGAGUUCAAUCGCCGUCGUAUGAUUUGGUGUCAUACAAGGAGUUGCCGGAGUACAUGAAGGACAAUGAGUUUAUUCUGAAUUACUAUAGGGUUAAUUGGACUCUCAAAGAAGCUCUCUUUAGCAUCUUUCGUUGGCAUAACGAAACACUUAAUGUUUGGACGCAUUUAUUUGGGUUUGUUCUAUUUCUGGGAUUAACAGUGACUAAUUUGAUUGAAGUCCCACAGGUGUCUGAUCUCAUUGCCUUCUUUACCAGGUCUUUACCUAUGAAUGGAGACAUCAAUGUUUCUCAUCAUUCUCGAGACCUAUUUGUGAGAACAAUGAAUCUCGUAGAUUUGAAGCCGGAAUCGGACGUUACGUCCGCAACGCGGUGGCCGUUCUUCGUAUUCUUAGCCGGCUCCAUGUUCUGCCUCCUAUCGAGCAGCAUUUGCCACCUCUUUUCUUGCCACUCGCAACAUCUCAGCCGGUCGUUGUUGCGACUCGACUUCACCGGGAUCACCACCAUGAUCAUCACAUCAUUUUUCCCACCAAUCUAUAAUGCUUUCGAAUGUGACACGAAAUGGCACUUCAUCUACCUCGGUGGAAUCACGGUUUUAGGCUUGUGCACCAUCAUGACACUGCUAUCACCUGCCUUGUCGACCAAGAAAUUUCGAGGGUUUCGAGCUUUACUCUUCUCGUCGAUGGCGCUCUUCGGCAUUAUCCCUGGUAUCCACGCCGUGUUCGUCAAUUGGUCUAAUCCGCACCGUAACAUCACCCUGGCCUACGAGUUGGCCAUGGCUAUGUUUUAUUUGACGGGGACCCUAUUCUACGUUAGCCGAAUCCCGGAGCGAUUCAAGCCCGGAUGGUUCGACUUAGCCGGCCACAGCCACCAAAUAUUCCACGUCCUGGUAGUGAUGGGUGCAUUGGCUCAUUAUGGUGCUUCUCUUGUAUUUAUGGACUGGCGCGAUGGCCAUAGCUGUUGAAAUUUAUGUAUUCUUUCUCUCAAUUGUUUCAUUCGUUAGUGAAUUUAGGAAAGUUAAGCUUUCUUCAUUCAAAUAUCCUCCU